CGACCCCCGCCCCCUGAGCCGGGGAGGGCGCGGCAGGAGGCGGGCGGCGCGGCUCGAGGUGGGGUCGCGGGAUGCGCUCCUGGGAUGGGUCCCCGGAAUGUGCCCCGAGGGUGUGCCCUGUGUCCCUGGAAUGCUCUCUCGGGAUUUGCCCUUUGCCUCCAUCGUAUGCCCUACCAUGCACCCUAGGAUAAGCCAAAUAUCCCCAAUGUGCACCCUAGGAUCUGCCCUGCGACGCACCCUGGGCUGUGCACCAGAGUUGCACCCUGUGCCCUGCUGUGCACUCAGGGGUGCACUCUAUCCCCCGCCUUGCCCCAGAAACGUGCUGUGUGCCCUGCAAUGUGGCAUGCACACCCAGGACAUGUGGCAGGAUGUGCUGGGCUGCACUGUGUACCCCUGGAUGUGUCCCAGGAUGUGCCACAUGCCCCAGGAUGCAUGUUGGGAUGCACCCUGGGAUGUGUCUUGCCCCCCAGUAUGUGCUCCAGGACGUGCCAAGGGCUGUGCCAUUAGCCUUGGGAUCCCACCAGGCUCUGCUGUGUGCCCUAGGAUAUGUCCCAAAUUCUGUGCCUCCUUGGCUGCUCCCUUCCGGCCUCCCAGCUCAUGUCACAAGGGUCUUCCCCCACUGGUGGGGAGUACAUAGGGUGCUGCAUCAUUGGGGUGGUGGACUGCAGGCCCUUUGACCCCCCAUUGUAGCCUAAAAUUGGCUCUUAAAGAAACCUUUAAGAGUCAAUUUGUGAGUUUUAGAAGCCAGGCAUUCUUUAUUACAAUGCGCUGUAUAAUCACAGCACUGCCCCGGGAAUCAGUUCACCAAAGUGCACACAGAGGUAUCAUCUUCACUACAGCUUAUAUGUCAGUGUUACAUGAUUAUUCAUUUUUCGUUCCUUGCAUUCUUGUUGCAUAUUUAUGACAUCUCUCAAUGCUUUUUAGCAUGCAUACAUAUCCUUAUAAGGUCUUUGAGGGGCUUCGUCAGUGAUCUCUGUUGGUUGUCCAUGUCUGGAACCCCCAAAGUUCUAAGUAACUGCCUUAUGAACUUCAAGACAAUACACCUGGUUAUAGAGGAACUGGGUGUUGCUUGGCUGGCUGCCUCAGUUCCCUUCUUCAUUGUUUCUUUACUUUGCUUGGUUAGCCCCUUUAAAUCACUUGGCUCAGCUAUAUGUAGUUUCUACGGUACAUUCCUCUGUAAAAAUUGUUAGUUCUUGUUGCAUCUCAAAACUCAGAUAUCACCAUCAGCUCCAGGGCUGACUGGGGCUGCAAGCAGGCAGGGGACCAUCCCCACAGUUUCACUGCAGAAAGGGAAAUGGCUCAUCCUGCUACAAGGACACACCAGAGUGUCAGCCAGCACCUGUGGUAGGGCCAGGUCUCUGCCCAAUCCCCAUGUUCCCAUGCCAGAGGAGCAUGGGCAGCCCUAGAGCCUGCCCUGACAGGUUGCAGGCACUUGCAGCCACCUUGGGACCUCUCUUCAGGAGCCACAUCUGCCUCACAUCCCGAGAGACCACACAGGUCAUGAGGACUGGAUGCCACAAGCCAGCGUGACAGCCAUAGCCAGCGUCAUCCUCGGCAUCACCCCUGCAGCUGUCAAAGGUCAGGGCUGCCUGGCCAUUAAUCAUUGCCGAGAACAGCCAAGCAUGAAAAGCUGUGCUGUUCCCAGGGCUGUUUUCCUUUCAUCAGCUGCAGCCCCCAAGCACUUAAACAUAGAGCAAAUAUUUGGCAGGGCAGGGUGAGGUUCUGGCCCGUGGGCUGGGGACCUUGGUGAGCUCUGGAGCACUGAGAAAGGCCAGCAGGAUGCUUGCAGGGGGCCGAGCUCUCUCUUGUAUGCUUGGGUUUCUUGGCAUCUGUGAUCAUACCAUUUGAGUGAUGGAGGAUCUGGUGGCGGGCACUUUCUCAUGGAACAGAGUUCCUACCAUGGCACCAGCCCUCACUUUGCCUGGGAACACCCCAGCAGAGCCCAGCAAGGAGGGCAUUUCAGAGAACCUCAGCUCCACAGCUCGCCGUUGCCAAGGUGAGGGAGAGGAGGGAGGACUGGAAGAACAGGAGUGCUGUUACUUUGCAUUCACUUUGGCCAAAGGAGCUGCCAAAGGGCAGGUUGACAUCACCAGCAAGGGACAGUCACCUGGGAAUGGGAGCUGGUAGCAUUGGUAGCACAGGUAUCACUGUUUCCCUGCCCUGGGUGGUGCAGCACUGUCCUAAUGCCACGAGUUGAGAUGUGAUAGGAGCAGCCACGUCAGCUGAUGGAGACACCGGCUAUAAAGCGCCUGCUGGCCCCGUGGUGGAGGCACAAGGGAGCCCACCAUGGCCAACGUGGUGCCUGUCUGCCUGCUCCUGGCCCUGAUGCUCCUGGCCCCAGCCCUGUCAGCACAGCAGGAACGAGGGCUCAUCUUCAACUUGGAGAUUGGGGAGCUGUGCCUACAGAGUGCCCAGUGCAAGAGCGGCUGCUGCCACCGGGACAGUGGCCUCAGCAUGGCUCGAUGUGCACCGAAGGCAGCCGAGUUCCAGGAAUGCACCCCAAAGACCAUCUAUGGGGUCUAUUACAAGUGUCCCUGUGAGAGUGGCUUGACCUGUGAUGCUGAUAAGACCAUCGUGGGCUCCAUUACCAACACCAACUUCGGCAUCUGCAAGGACCCCCGGGGCUUCUACAAGGAGUCCCUGCACCAUCAAUUCACUGCAUCUUCAGUGGUGUGCCCACACAAUGCCCAGCUUUGCAGACAUCCCCAGCAAAGAUGCCCUACUCCUGACCUUGCAAAACAUUCCAAGAAAGAAAGUGUGUGUUGAGCUGCCUCUUCUGGCUUUGCCUUUGCAUGUGACACAGGGAACAAUGUCAGACACUCUCCUUUUUUCCCACUCUCAUGUUUUUCCCUGGAGUUGGAACAGGAAAGGACCUGAGUGAAGGGCAGGGACCUGCUCCAGGCAAACCACAGCCCCCGGAGUCCCAAAACCUGGGUGUGAGGAUCUCGGUCUCUCCUCCAUCCUCAGGGUUGGCUUUGGGGCUGGAAGUAGGGUCUCUUGAGGAGGCUCCCCCAUCCCAGAGCAGCCCAGGGCUGAGGACUGCCCAGCUUGGGGCAGUAGUGGAGGUUGCAAGUGGGACAUGGGGGACGCAGAGGUGGCCCUGGAGGACAUCCAGGCACCCCACACACAUCCAUGAGCCCCUCAUGAUGUUGUCCAGCAGGGCACAAGUGGAAAAAUCCUCAGACUGAAUAAUUUGCCCUGCUGGAGGAAUUAAUUAGUGCAAUACAGGGAUGUGAGGAGGGUGAGUGAGGGAGGCUGAUGGGCUGCCUCAGCCUCGUGAGAGCUCGACAGUAGGUGCUUUGCUACAGCCACUUUGUGGGGGUGGUGUCAAGCUCAGAUCCCCCUUGAUGAGUAUUUUUAGCAUUAAAUUCCCUGAAAUGCUAGUGAGCGGGGCUGGGGGAGCGGGCCAGCCCCAUAGGUGGGAGAGGAGAUACUGGGGGGAUACCUGGUGUGGCAUGGCAUUGCUGGGGAUGCACUCUGGGGGAUGCAGAAAGGGGUGUUAGGGUUGAUGCUGGGGGUUGAUGCCGGGUGAGAUGCCAGGGGCAUUGCUGGGGGGAACGCUGGGGGAAUGCGGGGUGAUGCCGGGGGCCACGCCGGUCUUCACCGGCCAGGGGACCCGAGCGGGACCAGCCGCUUGGAGGUCCCGCAGUGGCCCUGCCCGGUCGCCUCCCCCCUCCGUCCCCCCCGCCCCCUCCCGCCGCUGAGUCAGGCUGUUCCUGGAGCUCCCGCAGCCGGUACAUCGCGUCCCCACGCCAGGCCCUGGCACCGCGCCCGCCCGCCCGGUGCUGCUCCCGGCAGGGGCAGGGCCCGGCCCGGCCCCGGCGGCUCCUCCGGGCUGCGGCUCCCGGGAGUGGUGGGGCUGAGGCCGGGGGCGAAGCCCCGGGAACUGCCGGCGGGACUUGGGGGGACGCAGCCGUAGCGCUGGCCCGAGGAUUGCUUGUACAUAUCCCUGCCGGGUGUGCCCUGAACCCAGGGCUCCCCGGGCACCCAGCAAGCACUAGGGCACCCGGGGGGGAUCUCCCCGGAGUGUUUUCGGGCCUCAGACCCCUCUAGCAGGAGCGUCUCCACUGCAGGGCACAGCCUGGCUGCUGAGCAUCCUCGAGGGUAUUGCACCCUUUGCCACCCCCGCACCCAACCCAAAAGAGAGGUGCCAGCCUGCACCCUCCCACCCGGACACCCCCGUUCGAGUGGGCAGGUGAGGAGCCCCAGCCACCCCCAGCCAUCCGCCCUCCCCGGCGGAGGCUGGUACAGUUCGUUACGUCCAGACCGGAAUGUACUUUGUGUUGGAAGUGGCCACCAGCCAGGACGGCAAAGCCGGACUUUAUUUAUCCUCCCUGCUCUGGCCCCGCUGCAUCCUGCCCUUACUUGUGUGGGGCUGGAUCUCCAGCAGGGCUGGGGGAGCCCUAGACUCUGUCCACCCCUCAUCUGCUCAUCGCCAGCUGGGGAGGACAGGGAUUUUCCCCCUUUCCUCAGAAGAUAAAUAAUCUGGGAAAAUAUUUGUGUCCUUUCAGCUUGUGAAAGCUGUCCCUGGUGUCUGGAAGGAAGUGUCAUAGGGAAGAUGGGGAUGCAGGGAUGGGUCCAGCCCAAGCAAAGCCUCUGGCUGGAGGUGCCCGUCUGCUGGCAAGAGGGUUUUUUGCAAAGGGACCAGAAUUUGGAUCACAGUCUGGUAAUUUAUGGAUUGGAAAUACAUGUAGAAAGAGCCAGUCCUAGCUGUGAUGCAGAAUGGAGCAGGUUCAAGCCUCUGAUGGAGUCAGGGCUUCUCUGGAGGUCCCCAUGUGUGGGGGAUAUGUCUUGGCCCCUCUGCUGUUCAAAAUUCAUUGUAGGAGCCAUGAGUCCAAGCUAAGAGAGGGACGGUGUUGGAGCCUCAGGACGGAUGGGAGGGAUUGCCCCAGGCUGGGUCUGAUCAGUCAUUCCACGACUAGACAGAGAAUCCCUCCUGUGGCCUUUCUGGUAGGAGGAUUUGGGGGGGAAUUUAAUACAGAAAGCAGCUUUCCAGCUGCUUUGCACCCCCGGGUCAAGUAUCCUCAUACCAAAUGAGUGGUCUUGCACUACUGCCUCCAUUCCCCCAUGCCCUCAUGUCCACCCUGUCCGUCCAUUCCUGCUGCCAGUGCAGCUGCACCUACAGCCAGCAGCGAGGACACAGUGUUCUCCUGUGCUCUGCUGCCUGUUGUGCAACACCCGGCUGCACCUCCCAUAAACACACAACUUCCCAUGACCACGACGCCAGGCUCCUGCCACACUGCACCCCUCUGCCUGAGACAAACUGGGCCCUUGGAGGGGUGCACAUACAGGGGGUGCAGGUGGGCGAGGCCAUGGCAUCAUCAGGCUGCAAAAAACUGCUUUGAUCCCCCAAAUGGGCAAUGGGGAUCUGGGUACUGGGGGGAACGAUGGAUUUGAUCCCCCUGGGAAGGGAGCAUCUUGCAUGGGUCAUCUAGCCCAGGACCAUUGAUUUGUGCUGCCACAAACACGGAGAAAACCCAUUUUUUCUACUCUCCAAGGCUUGAGAGAUUGACUGAUGUGGCUCUUCACUGUGAAACUGAGGUGGAAGGACUCCUCUCCUCCUCAUGCUCUCGAGGCAGAUUAACACUGGUUAUUUUUAGCAGAAGACAAGGAUGAAUAAAAAUAUCCCCUAUUAUUUUUAAAUUUUUUUCUCUUUCAGGAACUGCUGCUCUUACCUCACACAAGGUGCUUGGGAGCAGCACAAGGCAGGGCAGAUUUCUUGGCUUUGCUCCCUUGUUCCAGUGCAGGACAAGACUUUCCCCCAGACUCCCUGCCCUUUUGGGGCUGGGCACAGGGCUGAGGCCGGACAUGUUAAGCCAGCUGGACGGUGAGGGGGAACAAGCAGUACCCCUGGCAGCCGCCCCAAAACCGGACAGGAUUAUUUAUGGAACAGAUUUCCUCCAGGUUGUGUUACAGGGAUGUGGGUGAACGGGGCAGACCCCAGCACUGGCCAAGUGGGAGAUUUUGGACAUCUCACCACCCAAGAAAGCAGAGUGAGCUGAGGGGUCCAGUGCUGAUAUAGCAGUGUUUUGGAAGAUGUCUUUAAAAAAAGCAGCUCUAGUGCUUUCUUC